AUGCCCAAAAUUCAAAACGCUCUCAAGCCAAAAAUGUCCCAAACUGUCCCAUUCAAACCUAUACAACAAGGAACAUGGAAGGAAAAUCAUCAGAAGUACAUGACUGAAAAGGCAAAAGGUGUGACCAUGCCAACCGAUGAGGCUGCGCAAUUGAAACCACUCUUCAUGUUCGAUGAUCCAACUUUUGUGCUCCAAAUGUGUUUCACGUGUAGAAAAUUGAAUCGCAACAUUGAUGUCGUGCAAGUCAAUGAGGAAUACCAACAAUUCCCUCUCUCGCUGUGCAAAAUUUGCUGUGCCAACUUCAACAUUCAACGGCGCAACAAGUUUUUCAAUCACGAUCUUCUCGUCUUCAAGCGUGAAAAUAAUAUUGAGGACUAA